GGCGGGCUCUACCGAAGGACCAGCCUCACCGAGGUGCCUGCGCUGAAGCCUCCCAGAGAGCAAAGGAACUCGGCUCCCACCUUGGCGUUGCGACGCGUUGGAGUCUGAAGCGCCGUCGGCCUCAGAGGCGGAGCCGGAAAGCGCUACGUUCGACCCCCGAGCCGCUUUGUUUUCGAAGAGGGGAGCCCUUCCUCAUCCGCUCUGCGUCCCUUUCUUUCCCCCUGACCCGGAGGCCAAAUCCCCCAGGCUGGGCGGGGUGGCGCGGCCCAAGCUCCAGACCCGGAAGAAACGCCAUCUCCUGCCUUUGCUAUGGAGUCCACCGCGCCGUCCCUCACCGAGGAGGACCUGACUGAAGUGAAGAAGGACGCUUUAGAAAAUUUGCGUGUAUACCUGUGUGAAAAAAUCAUAGCUGAGAGACAUUUUGAUCAUCUACGUGCAAAAAAGAUACUCAGUAGAGAAGACACUGAAGAAAUUUCUUGCCGAACAUCGAGUAGAAAAAGGGCUGGAAAAUUGUUAGACUACUUACAAGAAAACCCCAAAGGACUGGAUACCCUGGUUGAAUCUAUUCGACGAGAAAAAACACAGAACUUCCUGAUACAGAAGAUUACAGAUGAAGUACUGAAACUUAGAAAUAUAAAACUAGAACAUCUGAAAGGUAUGAUAAAAUUCCUUGAAGGAAACUACUGUCAGUUAAGACUGAAAUGUAGCAGCUGUGAGCCUUUUCCAGAUGGAGCUACAAACAACCUCUCUAGAUCAAAUUCAGAUGAGAGUAAUUUCUCUGAAAAACUUCGAGCAUCCACUGUCAUAUACCAUCCAGAAGGAGAAUCCAGCACAGCGCCCUUUUUUUCUACUGAUUCUUCUGUGAAUUUACCUGUUCUAGAAGUAGGCAGAACUGAAAAUACUAUCUUCUCUUCCACAAUGCUUCCUAGACCUGGGGACCCUGGAGCUCCUCCUUUGCCACCAGAGCUGCAGUUAGAAGAAGGAGAAACUUGUGGAAACUCUAGUGAGAUGUUUCUUCCGUUAAGAUCACGUGCUCUUUCACAGCAAUGACAGUUUUCCUGCCUUUUAAUUUUCUUAGUAAUUACAAAAGAUGUUUUAUAGGAUAUGAAUUCUUUUUAUAAAAUCGCUAUAAUGACAACACUUGGCACUUGUAUUUGAAAACAAAUACUAUGCUAAAAAGUGUAAACAUAUUAUGUACAGAGAAUUUUUAGACUAAAGGAAGCACACUUUUAGGAUAGCUAAAUGUAAAUCAUGUUGAUCAUGGACUUUUCAGUAUUUUCUGCUUUUGGAUAUUUCAGUGUUUUGAACAUAUGUUUUAAAGUUUUUUGUUUUUAGACUAAUUUUGAUUGGAAACAUUUCUCUGUUGAAGGUUAGACUCUUAGAUUAUUUCUCAGUGCGUUUGUGCUAGAAAUUUUCAGGGCCUAAUAGGCCUUUCCAGUCGUUUAGCAGUAAAAUUUCAGGAUUAAGCUGUUCUAUCUGCAGCCCUGUGGCACAGUAGUUAAGAGCUCCGCUGCUAACCAAAAGGUCAGCAAAUCCACCAGCCGCUCUUUGGAAACCCUGUAGGGCAGUUCUACUCUGUCCUGUAGGGUCGCUAUGAGUUAGGAUGGACUUGAUGGCAGUGGGUUUCCUGUUCGGCAAUAAAGCCAAUAAGUGGGUAAGCCACCAGUAUACCAAAAAGAAUAGCUUUCCCACUUGAUUGGGUUUCCAUGAACUUCCAGAGUCCCCUUCUGAUGCUGGAGGAACACCUGAUGGAAUCUAAUCCACUUAAGAUCUCAAUUUACCCUAAUUUAUUUAUUAACCUUACUAAUUAAUACUACUUUCUUAGGAUUUUUCAUAUUCUUUACUUUAUCAUUUUAAUUCCUAAAAAACAAAACAAAACAAAAUCCUUGGUAUAAACCUCCCAUUCUUCAAAGAUAUUUGUUCUGUACUUUUCAUUCCUUAAUGAGGACCACUGUACAGUUGAAAUAACUGGAAAAAUUGGUGUGUGCUUGUGAUGAUUCUGUUUUUAAUACUUUUGGAACAAGCAGGUUAUUAUCAAGGAUUUGUCUUUUUGUUGUGUAACAAAUUUUGACUAAUUGUAUUCAUUUAUAAACUUUAUGCUGAUUGUUUUCUUUUAAAUUUUAUUUAUACAGCCGUCCCCUGGUAUCCACAGGGGAUUGGUUCCAGGACCCCCACAGAUUCCCGAGGAUGCCCAAGUUCCUUAUAUAAAAUGGCCUAGUUUUUUUUUUUUUUUUUUUU